AUGACAACGCGAGGCUCUCGCAGUAAAUCUCUGCACGAUCGUGCAGUCAUUAACUGUCAGUACAGCAUGGCCACGUUCAGCACGGCGGAGAGGAAGAGACGUCCACACGGAGACCGCAAGUCCAGCGAGAUGAGCCUUCAUCUCAAACAGACCUUUGAAGCUGCGGUGCUCACCGAGCUCUACCCACGAUCACAAAUCGACAUCUACGUUAAGAUUCUGCAGGCAGACGGUGGGAACUACAGUGCUUGUGUGAAUGCUGCUACUCUGGCUCUGGUAGACGCUGGCAUUCCCAUGCGUGACUAUGUGUGCGCCUGCACUGCCGGCUUUGUGGAGGACACGCCGCUGGCUGAUCUGUGUCAUGCAGAGGAGAGCGGAGGAGGAACGUCUCUGGCGCUGGCCCUGCUGCCCCGCAGCGGAAACAUCGCCCUGCUGCAGAUGGACGCCCGGCUCCACCAGGACCACUUGGAUGCUUUAAUAGAGGCAGCCAUGACGGCGUGUAAAGGUCUCAGCAAAGUCCUGGACGGCGUUGUGCGUCAGCAUCUAGAAGAGGUUUCAGUUCUGACCAGAGAUUGAGGAGGAGAGCAGCUUUGAUGGUAAAACGUCCUGUUAACUCCCGGAAACGGACUGUGUUAUCAUUUGUAGAAUGAAGCCUACAUUUGGCUGAAGUGACAGAUUUGAACCACAACAAAAAAAUAUGGAUGAAACGCCAUGUAUAAUUUCGACAAAAAAUUGUUUUGUAACAAUAAAGAUCUCCAUUUUGAAAGAGUUUU